GUCACCGAGGCAGGAGGAAAACAGCGCCUGACCGUUAGAGAUUCAGAAUAGGAAUCAAAACAACAGACUGACACGCCUUCGUCGUACAGCCUACCUUCGCUGACAGAACCACAGAAAUCUAGAUGACGAUAAGGCUGUAAAAGGCAGUGUCACCUGCAAAGGAAGAACAGCAAGAGAAGCCAAGAAAAGAACGUUGCGCUGCGUUGCGCUGAAAAUGUAAUCUGCGGAAAUGAGAGACAGCAGCUUCUGAUUACCAGUAUUCAUUAAUAUCAGGAACAGCACGAUGCCCAACCAGAAAAACAACAAGGGAAAGAGAAAUAAACGCACCAAUAGUAGUGGAGAUGAACAGGAAAAUGGAGCCAGUGCGGCCGCAACAGGAACACAGGCAGCAGCAACAACGUUGUUGGGGGCUACAGCUGCGCCGUCAAAUGAGAAUACCAGUGAAGCCCCUUGUGCCACCCCUCUGGUGUGCAGUCUGGGCCGGCCCAUCGACCUGGAGAAGGACGACUACCAGCGGGUGGUGUGCAACAGCGAGACCUGCCCCUACAGCAACUGGAUGCACCUGCAGUGCUUCUACGAGUGGGAGAGCAGCAUCCUGGUGCAGUUCAACUGCAUCGGCCGCGCUCGCAGCUGGAACGAGAAGCAGUGCCGGCAGAACAUGUGGACCAAGAAGGGCUACGACCUGGCCUUCCGCUUCUGCUCCUGCCGCUGCGGCCAGGGGCACCUGAAGAAGGACACGGACUGGUACCAGGUGAAGCGCAUGCAGGACGACCGCAAGAAGAAGGUCCCGCCUGAGAAGAGCUUCGGCAAGACCGCCUCCUCGGCGAGCGGGGCUGGGGGCGGGCCGGAGCCCCCGGAAGAGCCCAAAAAGCCCCGGCACCCCGCGGGAAGCAAAAUGGCGCACAGGACGUCCAGCCAGGAGCUGCCGCGCCGGCAGUCCAUAGACCGGCAAAACUCUCAGGAGAGGGGUCCCGUGGGCCUUUUCUGUAGCAGCGGCCUGGGGCCCCGGUCGCCCUGCGACUCCCCUGGCCAGUCCCCACCGACCGGCUUCUCCUUCUUCUCCCCCGCCGCGUUCGGGGGGCCCCGCGGCUCACGGCACCUGGGCGAGUUCCUGAAGAACGCCGUGCACCUAGAGGGCCACCGCAAGCACCUGCUGGCGGCCGCGGGGGGCCUGGGCCGCGGCCCCCACUGCCUGGAGCCGGGCCCCGGCCUCCCCCUGGCCCGGCUGGGCCCGGGGGACAACCCCGUGCAGUUCCUCCGGAGGCUGGACCUCUCGGAGCUGCUGGCCCACAUCCCCCGGCACAAGCUGAACACCUACCACGUGCGCAUGGAGGACGACGCUCACACGGGCCAGGGCGAGGAGCUGAGGAAGUUCAUCCUGUCGGCGCUCAGCGCCAGCCACAGGAACGUGGUCAACUGCGCCCUGUGCCACCGCACCCUGCCCGUGUUCGAGCAGUUCCCUCUGGUGGAUGGGACCCUGUUCCUCAGCCCCUCCCGUCAUGACGAGAUUGAGUAUGAUGUCCCCUGCCACCUACAGGGGAGGCUGAUGCACCUGUAUGCAAUUUGUGUUGAUUGCCUGGAAGGAGUCCAUAAAAUUGUCUGUAUAAAGUGUAAGUCUCGAUGGGAUGGGAGCUGGCACCAGCUGGGCACCAUGUACACUUACGACAUACUGGCUGCCUCGCCCUGUUGUCAAGCUCGGCUGAACUGUAAACACUGUGGGAAGCCGGUCAUAGACGUUCGAGUCGGGAUGCAGUACUUCUCCGAGUACAGCAAUGUGCAACAGUGUCCUCACUGCGGAAAUCUAGACUACCACUUCGUCAAGCCAUUCUCCUCUUACAAGGUCCUGGAAGCCUAUUGACAAAUGCUGUGUUUGCAUGCUAGUGUUGUUUUCUGUUUCCUUUCUCUAGGUAACCUUUUUUGGCUCAUAAACAAAGAUUCAUUUUCAGGAUGCUUUGUCCAUCUCUUUUUUGUUUUUAUAAAGAAAUAUGACAAUAUACAUGUACCAAUAAAGUAUCUUUUCUAUUUAAAGAAAGAAAAUUUAACAAAAUUUGGGUGUAUAUUCAUAAGAAAUGGGGAAACAAGUUUUUGAAAUUAAAGUGUAAAAAAACCCAUAAGCAACAACGACAAAAAACAAAAACUGUGACAAGUGAAUGUAUCCGUAUGCCAAAUGAGCUUUUUUUGUAAUAAAAUAAAAAUAAAAUAAAAUAAAAAUAUAGUAAAAUGGAUAA